AUGAGGCUCUCAGUACCAUUUCUUGCCCUGAUUGCGGCGGGCGCCAACGCCCUCAGCAUCAACAGGCGCGGCGAGCUUGACGUUCCCGGUCACAACCCGCUCAAGUUCUGCGAUCCAGACCGCUCUAACGACCUUAUCACCAUCGAGGAAGUCAACCUGGAGCCGAACCCGCCCCAAGCUGGUGACACCCUCGUGAUUCGUGCGACUGGCACGGUUAAGGAGACGAUCGAGGACGGCGCCUACGUGAACCUGGACGUCCGGUACGGCUACAUUAAGCUUAUCAGCACACAGGCGGACCUCUGCAAAGAGAUCAAGAACGUGGAGCUCACGUGCCCCAUCGAGAAGGGCAAGAUCGAGAUCUUCAAGACCAUCGACCUGCCCAAGGAGAUCCCGCCGGGCCGGUAUAUUGUCCAGGCCGACGUCUACAGCAAGGACGACGAGCACAUUACCUGCCUGACUGCCACCGUCUACUUCAAGCCGAAGCCCAUUGGCAGGCCCCCGCUUGGCAACCUCCUUGGUGGCGACCUCUAA